AUGAAGACACGCAGCAAAAAGACCAAAACCGAGAACAAUCAAGAAAAGUCAAAAGAGAAAAACAAGUUUGAUCAACUGCCUCUGGACCUAGAGAUCGAGAUAUUUAGGAGGUUGCCUUUGAAAUCUGUAGCUAGGUUUCUCACACUAUCCAAGUCAUGUGCAGCAACUAUCCGCAGUCCAAGUUUCAUCACAUCUUUCCGGUCGCCGCAGCCUUGUACCUUAAUCGCUUCCGCUCCUAUAUUCAACUGUCUUCACCCCUUUAAACCUAGGGUACUGGUAGACCACAAGUUAUCCUUCUUCUCAUCAUCGUCUUCCUCAUCAUCAUCAACGUCUUUUCUAUCGCGUUUGACAUGUCCGUCGUCCCCAUACCCUCGUCACAUGGAGUACUAUUGUCAUUAUGUAAAUGGAUUGAUAAGCGUUGGAUAUGGUCGAGAGCAAAUCGUAACCAACCCUAGCACUGGUAGAUUCAUAACUUUACCAAGUGUCAGAACAAAGAGAAGGCUCGUAAAAAGUUUUUUCGGGUAUGAUCCAGCUAGUGAUCAAUACAAAGUGUUGUGCAUGACGGAAAGACUUUAUGGCCAUCAAGAAGACCCAUCUUCUCAACAUCAAGUGUUCACAUUGGGAGUAAAAAAGCCAUGGAAAAUGUUAGAUCGCACUACCAUUCCUGAUCACCGUCCUUGGACUAACGGUGUGUGCAUAGAUGGUGUUGUCUAUUACAUUGCUAAAACGGGGCAAGGUAUGUCACAACUGAGCUUAAUGAGAUAUGAUUUGAGGGAUGACAAUUUGAAUGUUUUUAUUAGUUUACCUGAAGAGAUUCGAACUCCAAGUCUAUACAGUGACACUUUAUUAAACUACGAGGGGAAACUAGCCAUAGCCAUUCCAGUUACAUCAUAUAUAUUUGAUGUGUGGGUUAUGGAUCAGGAUGGCGAAAAACAUGAAUGGUUGAAGAAAAUAACUUUCAAUAUUGAACCUUGGCAGAGUUCAUUUGACGAUAUACGCAUUAAAGGCACUACUCUUACGGGUGAGUUUAUCUUCGCACCAAUGAACAAUUAUUGUGAUGAUGAGUUUUAUGUCUUCCAUUACAAAUCCCAACAAGAAUAG